CCGGCAUGGCGGCGAUGAGCCGGGGCUGGGCCCGGGGUUGGGGCUGGCCGCGUUCCCAGCCCUGUGCCCUGGCGCUGGCCGCCGCCUUGGCCGUCUGCGCCUUCUACUACCUGGGGGGCGGCGGGGAGACCUUCUCCAGCGCUACCCGCCGCCUCCGCGCCACGCCACCCGCCCCGGCCCGCCGGCACCCCCAGCGCGGCGGCAGCGGCGGCAGCGGGGAGGCGGCAGGGGCGGGCCGCGGCCUGCACCUCCUGAUGAUGUUCACCAAGGCGGAGCGCAGCCCGGCGCUGCGCGGCAAGGCUCAGGCCGCCCUCAGCUCCCUGCUGCGGCACGGCCGGCUGGGCGGCGGGGACGUCCUCCAUAUCCACCUCGUCACCGACGGAGCCAGCCGGGACAUCGGGCUGGGGCUGCUGCGGGACCUGCUGCGCGGAGCCGCCUUCCGGCACCAGGUAACAGUCCAUGAUGUGAAUGAGCUGACAGAAAAGCUGUUUCCAAUUGUUGAAGCCAUGCAGAAACACUUCAGUGCUGGAUCGGGGACCUACUACAGUGACUCAAUCUUCUUCUUGUCAGUUGCGAUGCACCGCAUCAUGCCCAAAGAAAUAACACAGAUCAUCCAGGUAGACUUGGACCUGAAGUACAAGACCAACAUCCGAGACCUGUUUGAUGAGUUCAACAACUUCCCAGAGGGAGCAGUCAUUGGCAUUGCCAGGGAAAUGCAGCCAGUGUACAGGCACACAUUCUGGCAGUAUCGCCGUGAGAACCCCCAAACCAAAGUUGGGGAACCCCCUCCUGAUGGGCUGCCCGGCUUCAACAGUGGUGUUCUCCUCCUGAACCUGGAAGCCAUGAGGCAAUCCAAGCUCUACAACCAGCUGCUGGAGCCCACCAUAGUGCAGAAGCUGACAGAGAAGUACCACUUCAAGGGCCACCUUGGGGACCAGGAUUUCUUCACCAUGGUGGGGAUGGAGCACCCAGAGCUCUUCCAUUUGCUUGACUGCACAUGGAAUCGGCAGCUUUGUACGUGGUGGAGGGACCACGGGUACAGUGAUGUGUUUGAGCAGUACUUCCAGUGUGAGGGCGAGGUCAAAAUUUACCACGGGAACUGCAACACCCCAAUCCCUGAGGACUAGGACACCCACUGCCCCCAGGAGCAGGACAUCCACGGUCACCAUGUCUAGGGCUCAUCUCCUGGCUCUACUUGGGGCAAGUUCGUGGUGUUCAUCUGUGCCAUGGCCACCGGGGCAAGAGGACAGCCGAGGGGCUAUCAGGUGGCCACUGCUUCUGCACGUGGCAGGGUGCUGCUCCCCGGGUCCUGUGUAGCCUUGUCCUUGGCAGCAGGAGGCCACAUCUGGGUUUCAUUUUGGCAUUCCUCAGAUGCCCAGUGAUGCACCACUGGUGCAUCUGUCUCGUCCUUCUGGGGAACAGACACGGUCCUCAGGUCAUCUUCCUUUUGAACCAUUCCAGAAAGGCGAGAGAGUUGUAAAAACUGAAAAGCUGCUUUAAAUUGGGUUACUUACAAACAAAAACUGAAUGCUAGACAAGCUUUAAAGCUUUUCAUUGGUUCUUCUUAGCCAUAAAAGCUUUACUGCCCUAUCUUGUCUUAAAAGUGUUCAGUGAGCGUGUACCAAUAGGUUCAUUUUUCUAGCUUUGCCUAACCUUUUGUACAAGAAUAAAGCUGCAGAUGUA